AUGGGCUUUUUAGCUAGGCCUAAUAAUAUCGUUUUGUGGACACUACCUUAUAGGGCCUGGUACGGCUCAUCAAUAAAUAAACCGUUUAUCCAAAGCUCAAACUCGCCAUCGCCGGUGAGUCGAGUACACCAGCGGCUACGUACAACUACUGAUUGCUCCUGUACAAUCCCCAUCGCUGUCGCCCCUUCCUCCACCUCCGACGCUGAACGGCCACCACGACUACCACCAGUACCAUACGCCAUCUCCUUCUCUGCGCCGCCGCCGCCGAAUUCUCUUCAUCGUCCUCGCCGUCGAGCCGAAGAAGCCCGAUAUCCGAUCUGCGGAAGGGGCGGCGUCCAAAUCCUCAUCAUAACGAAGCUUUUGUUUUGCUUGAUUUUUGAGCUAGGAAAUCCGGUGAUGAAUGCUGCGAAAAAAUGCAAGUGCCGUAUGACUACUCGUUUACAGAAACGAGUUUGGUUUGAUUUGAUGUUCGAUCAGCUUCUGAGGAGAAACACAAUGGUAGGGUUUAAGAAUAGGUACAUGGUGAUGGAAGUUUUUCUGGAUCCGAGUAAGGAUUUCUCGAUCGAUGACCCCAUUAUAAUCACCCAGUUCAAUUUAUCAAAAGCGGUGAAAGAUAGCAUUUUAACGAAUUUCGGCGAAUGUGGUCUGGCCUCAUGUAUGAGUUCAUUUCAAGGCAUAAUGAACCUUUAUGGCUCCUCAUCUUUGAGCUCUGGAAAUCCUUUUCUUGCAGUGAAGUAUGUGAACCCAAUUACAAAGGUCUGCAUUUUUAGGACUUCAAGAGAGGAUUACCAGAAAGUGUGGGCUGCAAUUACUAUGGUUAAGAGCAUCGGAACUUGCCCGGUCGUUUUCAAUCUUCUUGACCUAAGUGGUAGUAUUAGGGCCUGCAGAAAUGCUGCAUUGAAGUGUGACGAGUCGAAAUUCGAACAGUACAAACUAUUAGCUGGGGAUCGCAUCUCGUCUGGCACUCACCAGCAGAUGCAAAACUGCCUUGAGAAGAUCAAAGUCUUGGAACAUUAAUACAAAAAAACACGAAAUUUGGCAAAUCAGCAUCAGUGAUUACACACAUGUUUACAUUUGUUACCUUUUUCUCUUCUGGAUAGUAUGUAUUUUUUGGUGCUUUAAUACCAUCGUUCGAUUUUAAACGCCUGUCGAUAAAUUUUCAUUAUAGGUGGCUUCGACUGUUCCCAGUGGGCAGGAAUGCAAACCCAUAUUGCCAAUGCUAUUGCUCAUUGGAAAAGUUUUUUUUUUUAAUUAUUAUUAUUAUUUAAUGUAGCUUGUCCACAU